UUUCUCUUCUUGAUACAAGCAGAUCUGCCAGCCUCCUCGCUCAAGAGAAGCAUCACUCCCGAAACGGAAGCGGGACACUUUGGAAAGAAUGCCAGAGUGCAUGAAAAUAAAAGCCACGUGCUCAUAUUUGCACCAAUCUCCAAUCUCCUGUAAGAUCCAAAAGGGCAAAUUGAGAGUGUGUGACCUUUCAAGAAAGCUAAACAGCCCAUGAUGUUGAGCAUGAAGACUUCUAGUGGCUAAACUCAGUUCACUGCUUUAAGUCACCUCCAGGAGCCAAGGAAAAAUCUAAAAGAAAAAAAAAAAAACUCCUAGCCAAAAAAAUUCACAUUGAAAUCUUAACAACGAGGCAAGGCUUCCUUUCCUGUUCAUGGCCUAAGAAGUAAUGUAACUGCCAGUGCCAAACAAUGACGAUGAACAGCACCUGUGUUGAAGAGCAGCAUGACCUAGACCACUAUUUGUUCCCAGUGGUCUACAUAUUUGUGUUUAUAGUCAGCGUCCCAGCCAACGUUGGCUCUUUAUGUGUAUCCUUUCUGCAAGCAAAGAAGGAAAACGAGCUAGGAAUUUACCUCUUCAGUUUGUCACUGUCAGAUCUGCUGUACGCGUUGACGCUGCCUCUGUGGAUCAAUUACACUUGGAACAAGGACAACUGGACGUUCUCUCCCGCCUUAUGCAAAGGAAGUGUCUUCUUCACGUACAUGAACUUCUACAGCAGCACGGCGUUCCUCACCUGCAUUGCCUUGGACCGCUAUUUAGCAGUUGUCUACCCGCUGAAGUUUUCGUUUCUGAGAACGAGAAGAUUUGCCUUCAUGAGCAGCCUGUCUAUCUGGAUAUUGGAGUCCAUCUUUAACUCCAUCCUCCUGUGGAAAGAUGAAACAAGCGUUGAAUACUGUGCUGCGGAGAAGUCGCGCUUCACCCUGUGUUACGACAAAUACCCACUGGAGACCUGGCAGAUCGACCUCAACCUGUUCAGGACGUGCAUGGGCUACGCGCUGCCCUUGGUCACCAUCAUGAUCUGCAACCAUAAAGUCUACCGAGCUGUGCAGCACAACCAAGCCACGGAGAGCAGCGAGAAGAGAAGAAUCAUAAAGCUGCUUGCAAGCAUCACGUUGACUUUCGUACUAUGCUUCACGCCCUUCCACGUGAUGGUGCUCAUCCGCUGCAUUUUAGAACGCAAUAUGAACUUGAACGACAAGUCCGGAAAGCAGACGUUCACGGCGUACCGAAUCACAGUGGCUCUGACAAGUCUAAACUGCGUCGCCGAUCCGAUUCUGUAUUGUUUUGUGACUGAAACAGGGAGAGCCGAUAUGUGGAACAUAUUAAAAUUGUGUACCCGAAAACACAAUAGAUCACAAGGACAAAAAAAGGAAGUAAUUUCUGUGUCCACAAGAGAUACCAUAGAAUUAGAGAUUAUAGCAUAAAAGAUGAAGGCAGGUUAAGUUACAUGAUAUUAUACAAUAAAAACCUGUAUUUUUGAAAGUAAAUCUGGUAGAGGACCAGGUGUUCUGAGUGAAUACUUUAUUCUACCCCAGUAGAAAUAUUUAAAGGUACAUUGUACAAUUCCUACAUUGACUUUCAUUAAAUAAGGUCUGAAAAUGAAACAUUUUCUAAAGACUUGGCGUCAUCCUUGUUGGUAGAAAUUCUCUCCCUAAGAGGCAUG